AUGGCAGCAUUCGCCCGUGAAAGUCCCAACUCACUUAACUUCCCAGGCAGAGAACCAAUCCCACAAUGGAGAGUUCUCGCAGACAAGUUUGCAUGCCCAAUUUUCGGAAUCCUUAUGGCUUUCGCAUUUUCAAACACAAUAUUAAACGCUCGUGUUCCAUAUAUUUAUGUUGGUAUGUUCGGACUCGUUGCUUUAAUAUUUGCUUUGAUCGGAUUUAGAACUAAAUCUCCAGAAUUACGAUAUUCCGGAUAUUCCUUAGCCGCCUACUUCGGCUGCACAGCUGCAUUUUGCUUAGCUCUAAUACUUCUCUUUUAA